AUGGAGCAAGUAACCAAGACUUUUGACUUCAGUCUGACAGGAGCAUCAUCAAGGUCGUGUAAAUAUGUUCUUAACACAUUUAUGCAGACAUUUCAAAAUAAAAGGCUUGCUCAUGCUGUCCAGGAGAGUACUCUUGACAGUCUAAUUACUGAGCUUCUACUUUGGCUUUUGGAUGAAUGGGUUCCUCAUAUGGAUGAUGGUAGCCAACUUUUGAAAGCUUUAAAUGUGUUGAUGCUUAAGAUUCUGGAUAAUGCUGAUCGAACGUCAUCCUUUGCUGUCCUUAUUAAUCUCUUGCGUCCUUUAGAUCCCUCAAGGUGGCCUUCACCUGCAACUAAUGAGUCCUUUGCUGCCAGAAAUCAGAGGUUUUCUGAUCUGGUUGUAAAAUGUCUCAUCAAACUGACAAAGGUUCUUCAAAGUACUAUAUAUGAUGUCGAUCUUGACCGCAUUCUUCAAAGCAUUCAUGCAUACCUGCAAGAAUUGGGAAUGGAAGAAAUUAGAAGUGCUCGUAUUUUCAUUAACUGA